CCCAAGAGCCGCAACCACGAUACAACAACAUUGUCGUGGGGGUUCAGAUAAGCAGCGAGGUUUAUUGGCGUCCACAGCUGCAGAUUACUGCUGAGCUUCAAGCUGCUUUCAUCCAACUCGAAGUCGAUUGGCACGCCAUCACACUGAGCUCUUAGCUCUCGGCAAGCUACUUUUAUGAAAAUCCGUUGUGGUGGCCUUUCAUUGUUGCUUGCUAUUGCAUGCAAAGUCCAAAGGGGUGCAAUUAGCGUUAGUUCCAAUCUGCGACCUAAUCGUUGAUUUGUAACAUUUAUCGAGGUUUAGAAUUACUAUCUUUGUUCCUGUUGUCCUGACUCUUACCUUAGAAUUGCAAGCACUUGUCCAUCAUUAGCAUCGGUCAAGAAUUAGGAUCUGCAAAUCCGAGUUGCAAUGGCUGCGCAAACCUACUCUGGUGAUAUGUUACAGCAACAGCCCGAACAUCGAGGGCAUCAUGCUUCUCAUGGAACGGUGUCGCUGAAGGCCAGCAUCUCUGCAAAACCUGGAACGAUACGAAAUGUGGGUGUUGUCAAGGGAGAUGGGGAGCUGAGUUACGCGAAAAACUCGAGUUCCCAAGCAGUUGCAGUGCAAGAGUUGAUCUCGUACAUCGAAGAUGCUGUUGACAUCACUCGGCUGCCUAAUUCAGCUGGACCUGUAGUAGUAGCAGAUCUUGGCUGUGCUAGCGGAUCUAACACGUUGAAGAACAUCGACAUUAUUGUCAACCGACUUAAGAAAAGAUAUUUGCAGUCUUCUUGCCGGCAGCCUGAUGUAUCAGUUUACUUCAACGAUUUGCCGUCUAAUGAUUUCAACGGCCUAUUCCAGCUUGUCGCCGAAGACACCCUCACGGGUUACAGCUCAAAUACUGAUGCACCAGCGAAAUAUUUCCCUGCUGGAGUUCCUGGAUCAUUCUACUCCCGAUUAUUUCCAGAGUCUUUCGUCCAUGUCUUCUUUUCUUCGCACUGCCUUCAUUGGCUGUCCAAGGUACCUGAUGCUGUUAUGGACAGAAACUCUCCCGCAUUCAACAGCAAUAGUUGCUGGAUACAAGAUGCAUCAGAAGAAGUCAUUGCAGCCUAUAAGGAUCAAUCUGACAAAGACUUGACAGAUUUCUUGCGUUGCAGAGCAGAAGAGCUUCAGUCUGGAGGACUGCUCUUUCUACUCUUCUUUGCGCGACAAACUUCUCACGAAAUUCUAAACAACUCUCUUUUUGGGGACUUCUGGCGUCUUCUGGAUUUGACUCUUGAGUCUCUAGUUUCAGAGCGGAUUCUCACUGAAGAACAGAGAAGUUCAUUCAAUAUACCUACUUUUGCCCGCAGCAUGGAAGAAAUAUCAGAAGUAAUUGAGAGAUUUAAAUCGCAGUUCGUCGUUCAAAAGCUUGAGAUGUUGCCAAUUUAUCAUUUCGCCGACUACUUCGGAAGGCGUUGCAAUAAUGAGGAGCCCAAAAUCCUUGCGAAGAAGGUCCUUCUCAUGAUACGAACAACAAAAGAACCUCUUAUCGAGGCGCAUUUUGGCCCUGCUUUGAACAAGAUAUUCUGGGAGAGAUGUACAGAACUUCUCCUCAGCAGUGAUCUAGUUGGGAAAGUUUAUGCCAGAGUAAGAAAGCCCGAACCUCUACAUCAGGUUCUGAUAGCUCUUGUCCGCAAGUAGAAUGUCUAUGAAAGACAGAAGAUCAUAAUGCUUGAUUCUAUUUAGGACUGGGACUGAUACAGAUAUUACCUAGCACAGUAUUUUCCACCUUCCAAACGAGGUCACCGUUGCGCAUAUCAUAUAUGCUAAACUUCUGCAGUUCGCAGGGAAGGUUUUAGUUUAUGCAAGUUCUUAUUUACGUUGCAUCUAGCAAUUUCUGAUCUGGAUAUUUUUAUUUCAAAGAGCUUGGAGCUUUGAAAUAUUAUUAUCAGUCUUUUCCUCUUGUCCGCAUCAUAAUCCGUUGCAAGCACUUCAGGAAAAAUAUUCAGCUGAUGGUCAUAUAGUACGUAUGAAAUAUAGAUGGUGGAGGAUUGGGGCUUCCGAGUAGUAUAUAUAUGUACAUGGUUCUACAUUUUUCAUUAUCAUGAGAUGGUCUUUGAUACUCCAUCUGAACAGCACGAAUAAAAUCUGCAAUACCAUCUGUA